AUGCAAGGGACAGCCACGUUUACUUUGCGGCCGGGGGGAGGAGAGUACCUGUACCGUGAGGAGGGGGAGUUUGUGAUGGCAGGCAGCGCAGGGGGCAAGGGGAACAAGGUGUGGCGCGAGUAUGUGUGGGUGUGCGAGGGGCCCGAGGAUGGAAUCGCCGUCCACUUUGCCGACAAGUCGAAUGAGGACCUUGAGAGUGCUGAUUUCGUGGAGAAGGCGCUGCCCCGGGCGUGGCGUGCGGUGGGGGAGCACCUGUGUGUGAAGGACCUGUACAAAGUGGCGCACCGGUUUGCCUUCCAAGGCGUUCACCUGGAGAGGUUCAGCAUUGAGUACCUUGUGCGCGGGCCCCACAAGGACUACGUCUCCUCUGCGCUGUUCACUCGCCCUGCCUAA